UUUUUUUUCCCUUAAUACUAUUGUCGUCUGUUUUUCUUUUCUUUUCUUUUUCCUCUUUCAUUAUGACUAUUACUGAACUAAACCGAUACUUACUUAUUAAGGCACCAAAUGCUAUUCUUUCUCCUCUACAUACACAAGGAUCAGCUCAAGUGCUUGUUGAUAAAACUACUGGAAAGAUCAUUGAAAUUGCUCUUGGAAAUAGGCAAUGUAUAUCUUCUUUAGUUGAUAUUGAUACAGAAAUAAUAGAAUUAAAUCAUGAUCAAUUAUUAAUGUCUGGCUUAGUUGAUGCUCAUGUUCAUUUGAAUGAGCCUGGACGAACAGAGUGGGAAGGAUUUGAAACGGGUACAAAAGCUGCUGCUGCAGGUGGUGUGACAACAGUCAUUGAUAUGCCAUUGAAUGCUAUUCCUCCAACUACCACAGUAGAAAAUUUGAAUAUAAAAUUAAAUGCAGCCAAGGGCCAAUGUCAUGUGGAUGUUGGCUUUUGGGGCGGAGUUGUACCUGAUAAUGCUAAUGAAUUGCCUGCUUUAAUUCAAAAAGGGGUUCGUGGCUUUAAAUGUUUCCUGAUGGAAAGUGGAGUAAUUGAAUUUCCUUGUGUAAAUGAAGCUGAGAUACGUUUAGCAAUGGACAGAAUGAUCAAUUCAGAUCGAGUAUUAUUAUUUCACGCAGAACUGGAAGGAUGCCAAAAGUCCCUUCAACAUAAGGAUGACGAUGAUGAUGAUGAUGAUCAAAAGGCAUACACUAGCUUUUUAAAAUCUCGUCCUGAAGAAUUAGAAACAAAUGCGAUUUAUAUGAUUAUUCGUCUUUGCAAAGAGUAUUAUGAUCAGGGUAAACCUGUAAAUACACAUAUAGUUCACCUAUCUGCUGCUUCUGCCAUUCCUUUAAUCCGCGCUGCAAAGCAAGAAGGUAUUCCUCUUACUGUUGAAACAUGCUUCCAUUACCUUUAUUUUACCGCUGAAGAUAUUGAAGAUGGGGCUACCUAUUAUAAGUGUUGCCCUCCUAUUCGUGAAGCAUCCAAUCGUGAAAAGCUAUGGGAAGCUUUAUUGGAUGGAACUAUUGAUUAUGUUGUAAGCGACCAUUCACCUUGUACUGCAAAACUCAAGAAAACAGUAACAGGUAAUUUUAAUCAAGCAUGGGGAGGCAUUGCUAGUGUCCAAUUUGGAUUAUCUAUUCUUUGGACUGAAUGUCAUAAACGUGGAGCCAGCCCUCAAAAAAUAGCACAAUGGUUAAGUUUAUUUCCAGCCAAAAGAGCUACAUUAGAUCAUAAAAAAGGUAAAAUUCAAGUAGGUUAUGACGGUGAUUUUGUCAUUUGGCGUCCAGAUUUCACUUUUAAAAUCCAUGUUGAUGACGUCUAUUUUAAAAAUAAAGCAUCACCUUAUAUUGGCAAGACACUCUACGGCAUUGUUGAUCAAACUAUUCUUCGUGGCUCAGUUAUUUAUAAUCGUGAAAAAAGUAAUCCUUUUAUUGAAAUUCCUAUAGGUCAAUCAUUGUUGGAAUAG